GGGGGAGAGGGAGUACAUGCUGAAACCAUUUCUGCAGAAGACACAGAAGGAAAGAUCGCACAGAAAUAAACUGACUGACGUUGGUACACAGCUUGUGGAUAUUUUAUUUAUUUGCUUAUUGAUUGAAUUCCAAUGGACCACAUUUUAAAAACAUUCAUGUGUUAAUUACAGAAGGAAACACCAAUCACCUGCAACCUUAUUACCACAAGGGAAAAAAAGCAAGUGGAUCGUUUUUCUCAGACAUGUCUACUGAAAAACACGGUUUAGAGGAAGGAUGUCCCCAGAUGUCCCCUCCACCUUACAUUCCCAACCAGGAUGGUCCACCAUGCAACAAUCAAUCUCAGUAUCCUGGGGCUCCUCCUCCUGUCCCAGAAGGCUAUGUCCAGGAGACCCAGUUUAAUUGUGGACCUGGGGGUCAAAAUCCCCAAGGCUAUACUAUCCAGACCCAGCCACCACCUGGGGGCAUGCCUGCAGGAGGCUACAUCCACUCGGGAUACCCUCUCCAGCUACAGCCUUGUACUGCUUACCUGCCUGUGUAUCCUAUAGGGACAGCGGGUCAGCCCUAUGUGCAAGGAAGCGGAUCAGUACCACCUGGAAUGGCACCGGGGCAGAUGCAAAUGCAAAUGCCCCCUGGAAUUGCCAUUGUGGAGCCCAGACGCCCGCCUCAUGACUAUCUACCAAUCGCUGUUCUCACUACCGUUUGCUGCUUCUGGCCAACUGGUAUCAUCGCAAUCAUCAAAGCUGUGCAGGUGCGAACAGCGGUAGCUCGUGGAGAUAUGGUGUCAGCCGAAAUUGCAUCCAGGGAGGCUCGGAACUUCUCCUUCAUCAGUCUUGCCGUAGGCAUUGCCUCGAUGGUGCUGUGUACCAUCCUGACCGUGGUGGUCAUCAUAGCAGCACAGCACCAUGACGAGGACUGGGAGCCGUAGUGGAUGUCAGAAACUGUAUACAAGAUAGAUGAAGCUCUACCUUCCAUCAUUCCCUUGGAUGUCAGAGAAUUGCAUCUCUCUGACUUAAAAGCUCCCCACCACCCAGAAUGCCAAGCUGCUAUCUGACAGAAAGUUCCCUAGUGCCCUAUCUUUAUUUAGAAUUUUAUAGUAUCCCUUUGUACCUCUCAAGCUACAGCACGCCAAUACAACCCAGAGCAAUUCAUAAACCUAUUUUCCCAAUUAUAUCCCUGCCAUAUUCUCAGUAUUGCAUCCAUCUAACUUCAGUCAUCUCAGUCUUAUUAUGGCUGCCCUUCUUUUUGCAUCUCCCAAUAUGCUGACCGUUCAUCUCAGACUUCAUCUUUCCAGUUAUCUUUUAAGUAUAGGCAUAGAAGUGCAGAAGAUAGGUUCAGUAUUUUUGAAAUAAAAAGUAUUUUUACAAUCAUAUCAUAUACAAAUUUGCCACAGAAACAUCCAUUGUUAAGUAAAUCUGUAUUUCUGAAAUUAAAAAAAGAAAACACUUCUGCCACAGCAGCUUACAACUGCAGACAAUGGCGUAUUAGAAAAAAUGAAACUUACCAAAAUGAAGCCCAUAUUGGCAAUCUCUAAUAUAGAAUAGAAUCCUGAAGUAAAACAUGGGUUUAGAACUGUUUAGCAUGACAUUGACGUUCAUAUAAUAUAGCUCUGGAAAAUGCAUAUCCAUCCAUCCAUCCAUCCAUCCAUUUUCCAACCCGCUGAAUCCGAACACAGGGUCACGGGGGUCUGCUGGAGCCAAUCCCAGCCAACACAGGGCACAAGGCAGGAACCAAUCCCGGGCAGGGUGCCAACCCACCAUAAAAAUGCAUAUCCAUAAUCGAAAAUAAAAUUAAAAAAUGGGGUGUCUGUACUUUCCACUGCAAUAAAAAUAUGACUAUAACUUCAGUAUUAAUGAAGCCAGUUAUCAGUAACCAUGGUUCUCAGGGUUGUUGUGUACAUGGAGAAGAAUCAAGGUAAACAUUAAAACCAAACUUACUUGAAAAUGCCACAGUCUCACAUAAAUUAUACAAGCUGCAUAAAUGAUAUGGAUUCAUACUUUUCAAAACCUUAUUCACAUAUGCAAAUUAUUGGCUCAAUAUAAACAUAUUCAGCAAUUUUAUGACAUUUCUUCUGGUGUCCCAUUGCUUGCUGUAGUAAGCUGCUUAGAAAGGCAGUUUUUUUUAUUGUAAUUUUAUAAAUUCAAUCACACUUGACAAUGCAAGUUUUGGGCAAAUGAAUGUAUGACACCACUGUCCACCAGUCCACUACAAGUAAGUUUCUGUUACUUUUCUGUUAAAAAGAAAUUUGGAAUCAAAAACACCGAAUGUAACCCUUCAAGUCUGAAUCGUUACCACAUUCCAGGUACAGCCUCAGCACUCCAUAGCAUCCUACUUCUGGUGUACAACCUUCCACAAUAUUAAAACUGCUGUAACUCCUUGCAUUUUCUUAAAAGUUGUGCAUUACUUAAUACAGGCAUCGCUUAGCCUGACUCUCUCAAAAGCCUGGCUGCUGUGAGCCUCACAUUAAGUGUACAGUACAGCAGUGGAAUUGCUACAGAUUACUGAGCUUCCAAAAUUUUCUUUUGGUCUUAUUGCUCCAAAAAUGUAAAACCUCUUAAUGAGGCCAACAGAAAUCUGUGACUCUCCUGAAAAUUGUGGCUUGACUCACCACAAUACUGCCACGGCUACACAUUUUGGAUACAUCUGUCACAGCAUUCUGACUGAAGCACAUUUUGGUCAUCAUUUCUUUAUUGUUCUGAUUUAUGUACUGUAGCAAAUAUAGGAAACAUUGAGAAUUUCAUAUAAACUCCCUCCCAUAUGGCAGCCACUGAAGGAAGGGCUUGUAGUUAACUUCAUUACACAGUUCUGGCCACUCACCUUAUUUUGUUCUAAAUAAUAAAAUAAUAAUCAACUCAGUCCCAAAUGGUAUUUUGCACUCGCAUUGAAUUUGGGGAGUUGCAAUACUUCUGAAAUGCAUUUCUUCAGCUUUUUAUUUACACACAAAAAUCUUUCUUUUUUUACAGUUUAAGCAGAAAAUGAACACGUACCUAGCAUUCAUCCCGUAUCUCUAAUCAGAAAUGCAUAUGAAAUUUGGCAAGGCAUGACUACACAAAUGGGAACUUCAAAAAUUCCUGUAGCAAGUCAACACAGGCGACUAAAUCCUCCAAAAACUCAUCUGCUGUGACUCACACUUGAAUUAUACUAAUAGCAGAAGAGUUGUAUUUUAUCCUCUACCAAACAGACUUCCGCUUGCAUCUAAGUACAUUUUUCCAGCAUCUUGAAUUUGUACUUCUUGAAUGACACUUCUCAAAGUCAAACCCAUAAUCUUGUUUGUCAUCCCAAGUGACAGGACAUGUUUAAGUAUUGCAUGUGUGAUGACUCCUCUUAAACACGUCACGUCUAUGACUUCAUCAUCGCAACACCAUGAAUGUUGCUCUUUCAAAAUAUCACCAACAUCUUGAACUUUAUAUAUUUUACUAUGUACCUCCUCAUCAUUUCAGAUAUUGCAUGUGGCCAAAGAAUUGACUCAAUCUUGACAAUUUCUUCUCCGUGAUUCCAUCACCUCAAUGUCUCAGAAGCUAUACACUAAAAAGGCCAUCAUCUUCCUGUGUGUUAUGUAUUUCAGAUUACAUCUAACCAUCAUCCCAUCUGGUAGACAUUUUUCACAGCUUAGUAUUUUUGAAGGAAAAAGUCAGUGUCAAUUUUUUAUGUCUCUGAGUACAUUGCCCUUAUAUCCCAAACGCUGUAAACUACCCAAAAUCUUACCAACGUCCUGAAGAUAACAUAUUUCAAUCCACAUUUUCACAUUAUCUCAACCAGUAGCACAUAUUUUACUACCAGAUACUACCACGAUUCCAGCACCCUAAUACCUAAGAUUUGUACCUAAUAUCUGGAGCAGAAUGUGUUUCUGACUACAUCUGUUAAUUAUUCCAAAUUACAGCACAGCUUCUACUACAAUGUGAAUUGAAAAUUAAUUGCAAGUCUCUAACAAAACUGCCCCAACAUCCUGAAUGCUGUAAAUUAGUGUUUCUUUUUCUUCUCAUGACCCAAUCUUGCCCUUUUUUGUGUCUUCCGAGUCCCAGUCCAUGGCAGAGCAAUGUCAAUAGCAAACCAUAUGAGACCCAUAGUUUAAGAAACUAUGCCAUAAAACUUAUAAAAUCAGAUAAACAUCCUAAAUGUUACAUGGCUUAGAUUACAUCUUUAUGUUACAUUAGAACAAUCUAGACAAGAACAGGCCAUUCAGCCCACCAAAGCUUGCCAGUCUUAUCAAUUAUCAGUUAGAGUUUUCAAAGUCCCUAAAGUCCUGCUGUUUACCACACUACUUGGUAGCUUAUACCAAGUGUCUAUGGUUCUCUGUGUAAAGAAAAACUUCCUAAUGUUUGUGCAAAAUUUACACUUUCAAGUUUCAAACUGUGUCCCUGUGUUCUUGUUGAACUGAUUUUAAAAUAACAGACUCGAUCCACUGCACUAAUUCCCUUCAUAAUUUUAAAAACAGCAGUCAUGCUCCUUUUAAUAUCCUUUUGCUUAUGACUUAAAAGCGUGUCUCUUUUAAUCAUAAUUCUCAUAAUUCAUCCCCUGAAGCCCUGGAAUCAGCCUACUGUAGUUGCUCUUCUUUGGACUUUUUCCAGUGCUGCUUUGUCCUUUGUCCAAAAUGGCACAUGGAUACCCUAGAUGAGGUCUAACUAGUGUAUUAUAAAGUUACCCCACUUAGCUCAUCAAUUUCACAUCUCUAAUAACAUCAUCAAUAGUCCCAAAUGCUGUACAUGUGGAAAAACUCUCACCAGCAUUAUAAAUUUCUGUCUACAUCUUAUCACCUUACCUAGGGCACAUUCUUUACUACUGUGUAUCUUUGCUGAACCCGACUCAGUCUCACUUGCUCUCCAUCUCUGACUAUGUUGCUCCAACAUCUUGAAUGUUGAACACCUUCCAAAACCACAGCAGAUCUCUGAACAUUAUAUAUUGCACCUUUCUUAUUAGCCAAGUCUUCAGGUCUUACUGGCCUAAGUUCUGUGAAACUUCCAUGUGCUACACGCCUCACUAUCAUUUUCCACAACCUCCCCAUUAGUCUCAGUCUGCUCACUAUCCUAACUCCUUUUCCCUCUUCACAGGUCUCUGACAUCCAAACUGGUUUACCACUCUUGUUUACAGCUCAAAGCAACAAGAUUUGCUUGGCAUGUCAACUUGUGUUCAAUAAGUUCCUUACUUUUGUGGUGGACUUCUGUUACAUGAUGAAAUCCUGCUAUCUAUGCAGUAUUAUCUCCUCAACUGUUUUUUGGCUGUGGUGUUUAAAGUAGACUGCAGAUGUAUUUUACACUUUGGGUAACCAAGUCGUAGUUGGCUCCAGUUUGCUACCCUUUUUCACCAUAUGAUUGGUAUGCAUUUAACCACUGGUAGUAAAAGGAAAGAACUUAGCAAUAACAUCAGCUUCUGUCAGCAACACUACUUUCCAACUUGAUUUGUGUCCCCCUCACGAUAUUCAACAUGAUAGGACGUAGAGAUCUCUUUUGCCAUUUUACAAAAUAUGCCACAUCCACAGGAUAUUGACUCUGUGCCGUAGUUCCAGUGGUGCCACUGUCAGCAUUACUUUGUUAUUUUGUACCAAGACAACAAAGGAAGAAGGUGAAAAAAGUUACGAUGGCUGCAACAGUUCUGGAUGUUGGAUUAAACCUUUGGCCAUUACCCCACCAGAUGCUGAUACACAAAUACACAGCAUGUCUAGCUGCUGGAGGGCAGGUUAGAGGACUACAAACACUACACAAUAAGUAUAUGAAUCUCCCAUCAUGCAAAAAUGUGUAAUGCCUUGGAUCAGGUACUGCUGCCUAUCUUGUUUUCAGAAUUGUUUAGUGUUUUUCCCACAUUUUUUAAGAAACCGUGUUGAACAAACAAUCUAUCUGGGAAUAAGUAAUCAAUAAGAUACUGAAGAGGAACAAUUUGUGUGUUGCUAAUAUACGUGCUAUGAAUGACGAAGGAGAAGAUUAAAUAUUUAGUCAAUUCUUUGAGAAUAUUUUCUUGACAUUUUCUUUGGUAUCUUGUGACGUAUAACCUAACUUAUUUAUUAAGCCAUUGUGUAAGAUGUGGUUUAAAUUAUCUUUGAUUGUGAAUGAAGUCAGCAUAAACCAUAAGGAAAUUCAUCGAUUUUUUUCUCUCUUACUCCAGGAGUGUUGGCCUCCUCAAAUGAGUUCUUUUAUCAGUGAAUUGAACUUAUGAGAUAUCUCCCCAUUUUUCCUGUCACUUUUAUAAUUGUGAUCCUGCUGCUAAGCCCUCGGUAGAUUUUGUCUCAAGUGUUUCAUUAUAUCUUACAACUCCAUAUGCUUGAAAAACUUCCUACACCUCUGAUUCUAGAGCUGACCCUUCAUUCUUGAGACUCUGGGGUUCGGCAAGUGACUGAUGCUUGUAAUCUGAUGAAGAAAAAUGUCUCACUCUCAGAGAAAUAUAUUUUUAGGAGCGAGCAAAUUUGGCAAAUAUCCUCUGCACACAAAUGUAUCAGCUUUUCCAAUCUGUUUCCAUGGUGAUAAGUAAGCAGUGAGAGUCUGCUGUGAAGAGCUCAGUCUCUCAAAGAGUUCAGAGAGCAGGGAUCAAAUGAGGAACUGCAAGUCCGUUUGAAGAAAAAAAUCCUUUUCCUCACCACCUGGUAAAUUUAUAUAAAAAAGACAUUUUCUUUUUUUACAAAGAUCUUCAACAAGCAACUGCAUCCAUCAACUUUCAGAUGUUUGCCUUCUUGUCCAAUGGAGCAGAAAACGAGGGCAUGAUUUCAAUUGUGACUACCUGCUGGACCAACCACAUCCCCAGUGCUGAUCACCUGCCUUUGGUUAAAGCAGAUGUUCGGUGCACUGUCCUAAAUGUCUGAUCCAAGUCAAAGAUAAACUCCAGCCAGAAGUCAGAAGGACAAAUGUGAGCUGCUACUAACUUUUCCCUCAGACUAUGAUGUGCUUUGGUGGGACGUUUGUAGUAAAGGCUUGCGGCAGCCAACAUGCUUCACUUUUAUACUUCUUAAUUUAUCACCUACGCUCAGAAUUUUCAAGCAUGAACAAGUGGAGACUUCUCCUGCAUUACAAACUUCACGUGGCCAAGUGAAUUCUCCAAAAAGACGUGUCCCACCCUUUGUUUCCCAACACAAAAUCGAAGAUAUCCAGAAUAUGAAAAAAUGUGAAUGUAAGGAUAAAAUGUUGGAGGAAACCCUAGAUGACCAGCAGUGCCAGUAAAAGCUGCAAUGGAACUGAAAGCAGUGAUGGCCUGACCCUCAUCCUGUGACUCCUUCUCCAUUUUGAACCAUGCUAAGAUAUGCCUGAAUAUUAGGGACAUUACCAUCCUAUACUAUUAUUGUUAUUCUUAAAAUUAUUAUUAUUAUUAUUGCUAUUGUUAUUUGAGUGUUUUGAAGCAUGCUGUCACAAUUACAGGGGUUGGAUUUUUUUAUUUAUUAUGAUUUUUUUAUAUAAUUUGAAGAGCUUCGUUAUUUUAUUUGGAAUGGACAAAUCCUGUUUCUGAUGUUAUGUUGCCAUUUACAGCACUCAUCACUUUUUAGCCCCUCCAGCCCACAAGCAGGCAAGAUAAUUGGGCAUCAUCCAAGCUCACUCCAGUGUACCACUCGGUGUCAGCAAAAUAACUGCUUGUCACUGAACCCCUGGGGAGUUCUCCUCAACAGCACAACAAAUAAUUGCUUGUCUGUGAUCCUCACUCCACCAGAUUCUGUAGACCAUACCUCAAAUGUUUUUUUACAGAAGCUGGAGAAAUUUAAUGAAGGACAUCUUUGGUCUGCCUGAAUAACUCCUGGAUAACGAAUUGUGACAGCCUGGUUCUGACGAUGAUGUGAUGGUGUUUUACCAGUGUGCUGGCAUCAGUUGACUAAACAACUGAAUAGGAAUGGCUCCAUCCUGGCUUGUGCAUGUUUCAUGAUUGGAUGAAGCAUUUGUCUAGCCGACAAGAGUGCUGUUUUUUACUGCGCCAAAGGACUCAUGCCCCGGUGCCCAUGAGGUGUACAACAGUGAGAUGGUGGUUGGGAUUAUGACAGCCCCAUGUCUCAAUAGGACAGUCAGAAACAGAAGAAAUAUGUUGCUAAAUGUUUUAAGGAAAACAAAAUAAACUUUUAUGGAUAUAUAUA